UCUCUCCGCCCCUACGUGUAACCAUAGCAAAGACACCGUAAAAUACAGCGUACCGGAAAAAGCUGCACUACGCGCUCGAGAUAUGGCACAUUUCGACUGCGACGUGACAUUGGAGGCAUUAAGGACAAGACUUGACCACUGACAGGCUGACUUCAUUCGGAAUUAUGACAGUUUACAUUUGAUAUCUGCUACUGAGAGCCGGUGGGUUUCUGUCCCAAGAGAGUGUUUGUAGACUUUUGGAGUUAUAAUGCCUGUCAGUAACGGAUCCAUGAUGGAUUUGCCGUCGGAGUACGUGAAAAUAAAGGCACACUACGGAGGGGACAUGCUGAUCUCAGACUUGGAUUUGGCGCUGACGUACACAGAGGUGUGUGAAGAGGUCAGAGAGAUGUGUGGAGUCCGCAGAGAAAUGCCGAUAACACUCAAGUGGAUCGACGACGAAGGAGACCCGUGUACCAUCUCAUCCCAGAUGGAGCUGGAGGAAGCGUUUCGGAUCUACAGCCGGAACCGGCACUCUGGACUCCUCCUCCACGUAUUCCCAAGUAUUCCUGAAAAGCCUGGUAUGCCGUGCCCAGGAGAGGACAAAUCGAUCUACCGCCGUGGAGCUAGACGAUGGAGGAAGCUGUACCGGGUGAACGGACACCUCUUCCAGGCCAAGCGCUUUAACAGGAAAGCGUACUGUGGCCACUGCAGUGAGAGGAUAUGGGGACUGGGGCGUCAGGGCUACAAGUGUAUCAACUGCAAGCUGCUGGUCCAUAAACGCUGUCACAAACUCGUCCCGCUGACCUGUCAAAGGCAUAUGGAUCCAGUCAUGCCAUCACAGGAGCCGCUGGUAGACGAUGAUAAAAGUGGAGAAGAAGUGGAGCUUCCCCCUGAGGACCCCGAGGACACAGACGCAAUUCCAGUCCCUUUCUUAGCACACAACCGGAAAGUGGAGAAAGCUGAAGAUGAUUCAGAGGACCUGAAGGCGGUGGUGGACGGUAUCGAGGGCAUUCAGAUCUCUCAGUGUCUCGGUUUGGGGGAUUUCGACCUGAUUCGGGUCAUAGGCAGAGGCAGUUACGCUAAAGUGCUGCUUGUCCGGCUCAAGAAGAACGAGCAGAUUUACGCCAUGAAGGUGGUGAAGAAAGAGCUGGUUCAUGAUGAUGAGGACAUCGAUUGGGUCCAGACAGAAAAACACGUGUUUGAACAAGCAUCAACCAAUCCAUUUUUAGUGGGACUUCACUCUUGCUUUCAGACAGAGAGCCGGCUCUUUCUAGUGAUCGAGUAUGUGAAUGGAGGAGAUCUCAUGUUCCAUAUGCAGAGGCAGAGGAAGCUUCCAGAGGAACAUGCCAGAUUUUAUGCUGCUGAAAUUUGCAUUGCUCUUAAUUUUCUGCAUGAGAAGGGCAUUAUUUACCGGGAUUUAAAACUGGACAAUGUACUAUUGGACCAGGAUGGCCAUAUCAAACUCACAGACUAUGGCAUGUGCAAGGAGGGAAUCAGACCAGGUGACACCACCAGCACAUUUUGUGGGACGCCCAACUACAUCGCCCCCGAGAUCCUAAGGGGAGAGGAUUACGGCUUCAGUGUGGACUGGUGGGCUCUUGGCGUGCUCAUGUUUGAGAUGAUGGCGGGUCGAUCGCCCUUCGACAUCAUCACUGACAAUCCUGACAUGAACACAGAGGAGUAUCUCUUCCAGGUCAUUUUGGAGAAGCCAAUUCGGAUUCCCAGGUCAUUGUCUGUUAAGGCAGCGAGUGUGCUGAAAGGUUUUCUGAACAAGGAUCCGAAAGAGAGGCUGGGAUGCCAAGUUCAAACCGGAUUCACUGACAUCAAGUCUCAUACAUUCUUCAGAAGCAUAGACUGGGACCAGCUGGAACAGAAGCAGGUGACGCCACCAUUUAAACCUCAGAUCACAGACGACUACGGUUUAGAAAACUUUGACACGCAGUUCACCAACGAACCCGUGCAGCUCACGCCAGACGACGAGGAUGUGAUAAAGAGAAUAGACCAGUCUGAGUUCGAGGGAUUCGAGUACAUUAAUCCUCUGCUGCUCUCCACUGAAGAAACCGUAUGAGGGAAGAACAAUGCGGCAUGUAUUUCUCUGCCUGCGGCUCUACAAAACUACUACAGCUGAGUUUAGCUCAGACUAUGUGUGUUCACAUAGAAGUUUUCUAAAAACUGUGGUAAAAGGCGACAUUAAGACUUCAAGUGCGGACCCUCCCCCGAGUUAUUUUGGGGUUACACUGGAAGGACUAGAGGAACUUCAGAACUCAGAACUAUUCCCCAAAUUUCAGCUGUUGAUUGUCUUCCUGCUUCCCAGCAUCCUCAUUCAUUUAAGGCCCAUGUUUGUGUGUGCGCGCACUGUUGCCUGGGACUCAAUUUUAGCUCCAUCGAUGUGUGCCUGCAUCCACCAGAGACUACAUUUCCCAUCAACCCUAGCAAAAUAUGACAGUUCUAACUUAAUGUGCACUUUUUGUUUUGUUUGAUUUUUAUUAUUUUUGGGAUUCUCUUUAAUCUUGUGUGAGGCUUGUCCUCAAACGAAACAAGAAUGUAUAAUGUUUAAAGGUAAAUGUUGUAAUAUAGUGUAGGUAGCCAAUCGAAGAAUUUAUGAUGCCUUCUAUGAUGCAAAGUGGCACAUUUUAAUUGACGACCAUGAUGGUUUCAUCCGCAGCUGUGCUCGAACCACAUGCUUUUAACCACCUAUGUCGAUUUUAAACGGGAGAUAAAAUGUGUUUUUUGAAGAAGUGCCUCAAAGAUCUAGAAUUCACCAUGCUCCCAACUGCUCUGACCUCCACGUUAGACCAGAGUUGAUUUUCCAAGGCAACAUUCAGUGAGAAUGUGGACUGCAGGUGUUUUUUUUUUGUUUGUUUUUUUAUUUUUUUACAUAACAUAAAUGCACUGAUACGUAUUUUGAAACCAAGUCAUGAUGGAUAGACACUGAAUGAUCAAAAAGCUCAAAUACAUCAGACAUCCAAUAAUAUUACUAAACUAGACUCAUUGGAGAAACAUUUAGUGGUAGUACACUAACAGCUGUUAUUGCGUUUCACACAAAUUACUAUUACCAUAACACACCUGCUCCAUAAAGUAUGUACAGCUAUUCCGGAGUAGUAAACUUGCUCAGAAGCUCACCUGGUACAACAAAGUGAGUCCUGAGUCACUAUAAAAGAGACUUGUAGAAGCAAUUUAAAAGUUUUAGUGUCGGUACUACAUUGUUCAAACGCAACUGAGCACUCUUGGAUUGACACAAGAUGAUUCAUUUCUAAACUGGAGUGAAAUGUACCACAACUAACGUAAUAAAUCAGUUCAUAUAUCUCGGAUAAAACUGAUUACACAUUUAACAAAUGUUUACACCUGGUAUUAAGAUGUGUUUUCAUCAAAUCAUUCAUAAGUAAGCAACACUAAAUGCAGGUCUAAAACAUAACAAGGUGUAAAACUAGUCAACUUUGGCCCACUUCUAGAGGUCAGGUUUCUUUCAGAGUGUAAACACUCAUGUGUUUGAAUGCUUUCAAACUGCCAUGAAAGACCAAAUACUAUUACUAUGACCAAAUACAGCCUGUUAACCUAAAGCCCUGGACUUAUCAAGCUGAAAUCAAAGAAUUGGAUGUUGUUGUGGCUUGGAUUGGCUUUGUCUGGUCUCAUCAGGACUAAAAGAAAAUGCUCGUGAACACACCAUAUGGACAACAGCUGACUGAAACGAGAAAGUACUUACUGCGCCUGUAUGAGAUGAUGUAUUUUCCAUACCUGCAGGCGGCAUUAUCUGUACUGUCAUUCCACAAAGGGAAAUCGGAACUAGUGCUGCACACAAAGCAGUGUUAACUGACUUCUCGCUCACAACAGUGGGAUUUGCUCAUGCAAAUGUCUGAUAAUCUAUAUUAUUUGCAAAUAUUUAGGAAAUUCAGCUUCCCAACUUCUUUUUGUUCUUUCUUUCAUCACUUUAGAUUUGUUCUUGUGCUCUAAUUCAAAUCUAAACAGCCAAUCAGAGCUCUUUCACCGAAUAGCCGACACAGAUUCUACAUAGUGAAUCGGGCAAACUCUCUCCGACAUGAACCUGAUGAGAGAUGACGUGUAGGACACACCAAACAAACUGUCUGACAGAUACUCACCAAUGGAGUUACGCUGCCCAAUGACCAACCGGCUGCUUGUUGUGUUGAACAAAAUUCAGUGUUCGGAGAAGGAGGAGACAGAAAAGAUGACCAGCAAAGGCAAUAACACUCAUGCCACACCAGUCUCGCUCCACUCUCUUUUCUCUCUGCUUCAUCCUCCUUACCAUCUCAUAUUCACCUACUGCUCCAUUGCAGGUCAGAGACAUCCUCCCAAUCCCAAUUCAAUGCCAAGUUUUGGAUGUCCAGCAGUGAGCCCUCCAUUGCCUUGAUCUCCCUGCUCCUCCCCAUCACGUUAAAUUCACCAAACAGGAGAGCCCCCUUAGUCCUCAUCUGCUACUUCAUGACCUGACAGACAACAGAGAGUCGAUUUUAUCCCUCCUGGCAUUGCCCACCAGCUCUUUUGACAGCGUGUUCCUCCUUCCUACUGGGUUUCGACACCAAUGUAACCAUUUAAAGAAGUCAACAACUAAAUGAACUGCCACAUCAAAACAAAACACAAACAUACAUGUUCCAAGCUUGGUCAUCUCUUGUUCUUCACUGUUGUCACUUCUCUCCAUUCUAGAGCUUCUCUGUGGGACCACAAGCCUCAAAAUUCAUGGCUCUUAGACUUGCUUCCAUAAAACCAAUGAGAAAAUAAGAGUCCUAGUAAUGGUCUCUGCUGACCACCUGCGAUUAGAUCACUGAAAACGCAACGUUAAUGCCAGGUGGAAACUGGUACGCAAUGUAUUAUUGCAUAAACGCCACCACAAGCAUGUUUUUCCAAUGAACCUGGGGCUAAUAUUACAGUCGAAUUCAUUACAGAACACACACACUAAACUGUUCAAAUGUCUUGUGCUCACUUUUACAAGUGGGAUUUGUGUUAUACUCAUGUGAUCUGUCAGUGAUUAGCUGUUGAGAUGUUGUAGAAGGCGAGAAAGCACAAACAAGGGGUUUGGACAUCAUGUUGCUAGUGUUAUGUCAUGGUCAAAUUGUGCAACAGUGUUGUGACUGAAUCUCAGAUGACCAAAACACAUGGCGGAGUUGUCUUUGCACUCGCAAUCAAAAGUUCAAAUUCAAUGUAAUGCAGCACUUGCGAAAACGCAGUUAGCACAGAAUGCUAAUCUUAUUUCAUUUGAAAACACAGGCUGUGUUCAGAAUGUGCUGUUAGUCUGCUGUAGUUUAAUGAACAGUGGGAGAGAUAAUGAGAUGAUUCAUACUUCAAAAACUUUGCGUAAAAUGCAGCUAUUGGUCACAGUUUGACAGAAAAAUUAGCACAGAAAUUAUGGAAGGUGAUCAGGGCCAAAAAUCUUCAAAACAACUUGUCAGCACACACAGUUUGAGUGUGUUAAUGCAGUGGUUCUUAAACUUUUUUCACAAAGUACUACCUCGGAAAUUUUUCUCUACAAGUACCACCAUAAUAACUAGCAUUGAAGUACAGUAGCGUAGUAGGCCUAAUUAAGCAGCUACAGCGCAGCGCCGUUCAAAAUUGUAGCAGAUUAAUUCUUCUUAUUAAGCAUAUUUAUUAUUGUCAGCCACUUUAAACAUUAUAAAUCGUUUGAACAUUAACACUUCACUGUGCUUACAGGUAAAAAAAAAUGUAAUAAAAUGUGCUUUUAAAAGUUAAUUAAAAACUGCUGUACUGAAAUGUAAAGUAUUAACAUAUAGUAGCCUAUUCAUCAAAACCUGGAAAUGUUCCUUGGACCUCAUAAAUAUAGGCUAUAUGUCAUCGUAUUCAUCUAUAAACUCUUUUUGAUAAUUGUUUAAAUAUACAAAUAAGUCAUAUAUACAGGCAACAUAUAUUUUUGAAAUCGAAACAUUAACUUUUAUUUUAAAUAUAUGAACUGGAUUUACAUACUUGGAAGUUAGAUCUGCUUACUGAGCGUAAGAGUAGGCUUUGUGUGUCAGUUGAGCAAGUGAUUAAACUAUACCUGUCAAUUUGAAAUUAGCUUCAAAUGAUAGAAUACAUAACAAACAUUAAAAAAUUAAUAAAAGGUUUAGCCUAUUACUAUCAAUUUACUGAUCACAUUGGUGUUAUCAUACGCGUCAAAGGGUUAAAAGUGUGGGUUUUUUUUUAUUUUAUUCAGCGAUUCCUCCACUAGAAGGAAUCCCACAGUUUGAGAACCACUGUGUUAGGGCAUUCGCUUUGUGUGUGUGUGUUUAGUACACAUAAACACACACAGUUUGAAUGUUAAAACGGCUAUUUUUAUAGAUUGUGAAAUAAAUAUGAUGUUUACCCUACUAAAAAAAACAGCUUAAUUCAGCCUAGGCUGGUUGGUUGGUUUUAGCUGGUCGACCAGCCUAGUUUUAGAGGGGUUUUGGCCAUUUCCAGGCUGGUUUCCAGCCAUUUUCAGCCUGGUCUUAGCUGGUCAGGCUGGAGAUGACCAGCUAAAACCAGCUUGACCAGCCUAGCCAGGCUGGAAG